GGGCGACAACAUGCCGCGGUCCUUUCUAGUGAAGAAACCCCAGAGCACCAAGAAACCAAACCCCGGCAGACUGAGCUCCAACACGGAGGAGGCCCCCUGCGACACCCAUGAAGAUCCUCUGCUGCACAGUGACAUCACCCCACACCAUCACUAUCCAGGCCCAAGCCCACGGCUACAGCAGAGAGCCCAGUCUCUCUCCUCUUCCUCAUGUCCACUUUCUCUUAGAGCAGACCGGCUGCAUCUGCCAUCUUCUCCAAACACCUCCCCUCUCUCCUUCUUAGGCCACUGUUCAGAGGCGUACAGUACAAGCCCUGCAGAAAUCUAUACACCAGCUGAAUCCUGUACCAAAGUGAAUCUUCAAAUCCAGUGUGUCACAGGAGACCACAGGAGGAGAGACAGCCUCCUCCCUCCAUCCCUCCCUCUCCUGGCCCUCUUUCCCAGCGGCAGCGGGCAGGAGAGCUUCGAGUGUUUGGACUGUCAUAAAGAGCACUUGAGCUUCUCGGGCCUGUCCAAACACAAGCAGCUCCAGUGUGAGUGGAGCAGUAAGAAGUUCUUCAACUGUAAAUACUGCGAGAAGAAGUAUGUCAGCCUGGGAGCUCUCAAGAUGCACAUCAGGACGCACACACUGCCCUGUGUGUGUAAACUCUGUGGCAAAGCGUUCUCCAGACCCUGGCUGCUUCAGGGACAUAUACGAACACACACAGGAGAGAAACCAUUCUCGUGCCUCCAGUGUAGCCGAGCUUUUGCCGACCGAUCCAACCUGCGAGCUCACCUUCAAACCCACUCUGAAGUGAAAAAGUACCAGUGCGCAAGCUGCUUCAGGACCUUCUCCAGGAUCUCACUGUUAGCCAAGCACCAAGAGGCCGGCUGCCCCCUGUCCUGA